AUGGCCCCUACCUCGAUACACACCCCUAAUUUUAUCCCUCCAGACUUGGAAGAUGCUGCCAAGUUUUCUGCCAUCAAAAAACUCUGCAUCAAGCCCGAAAAUGUCCAAAAAGUGAAAGCCUCAUGGAAGAGGUUGUUAAUUGAAUUGGAAAAAAUGGCCACCGAAAUCAAAGCCGAAGGGGAAAACUAUAUUCCCACUGUCGACUGGAACACAGUGAAGCAGAAUAACGGCAUAUUUCCUGAAGAUGUCCUGAAAAUGGUCACCGAAAGGGGAUGUGUAAUUGUACGGAACGUUCUUGAUACUGAAACCUCCGAAGAGUACUUGAAAUCCAUGAGUGAUUUUGUUACAAAACACCCUGAAAUCGGUGGAUAUCCCUCUCCCAUCACCAAUUGGUUUGCGUUUUGGACGGAGGGCGAGGUAAAAGCUAGAUCACACCCCGAGAUGGUUCAGCUCAUGAAAGCCAUUAGCCAGUUCUUCUAUGUGGAAGAUGAGACAUUACCAAUUGACAAAGAAUCCCAGGUUGUCUACCCUGAUGCCCUCAGAAUCCGGCCUCCUGGACAAUCCGUCACUUUGGAUCUUCACUUGGACUCUGGCUCUAUCGAACGGUGGGAAGACGACAUCUACAGGGAAUUAUACGCACCGAUAUUGGAAGGCCGGUGGGAAGAAUGGGAACCCUGGAGAUUGGACGAAAGAGCGUUUGCAAGAACUGACUUAUAUAGCCACUUGACAGUUCGUCCCACCGCCACCUCAGCAUUCAGGGCUUUACAAGGCUGGUUGGCCUUAUCAUCGGUCAAGAGUGGUGAGGGUACACUCAGGUUAUUGCCUAAUCUUAAAUUGGUCAAUGCGUAUUCGGUUUUGAGACCGUUUUUCUGGAGAGACGAUGGGGAAAUCGACUUGGAAACUCCCAAGUUCCCAGGUGCUAUUGUGGGCUCAGGCCAAUUCUUCUGUGUGGAUGAGACCCAUCCUCACUUGAGGCAGUUGGAGACGGUCUACAGCAUUCCGUAUGUUAAUGCUGGAGAUUUUGUGUUUUGGCAUGCGGACGUGGCUCACGAGGUGGAUAAGCAGCAUAUUGGAGACUCCAACUCGUCGGUGUUUUUCAAUGCCUACACGCCAUUGUGUCCGUACAAUGUUGAUAAUAUGUUGGCUACUCGCAAAGCGUUUGAGUGUGGUGGGUGUCCUCGUGACUUUGUUAAGGACAUAGCUGCUUCUCGAAAUGUGGAGGGACAUUUUGAAGACCAUGGAGCCAGGAAAGAGAAUAUUUUGACUGACGAUGGUAUGAGGGCCAUGGGAUUCAUGAAGUUCGAUGAACAAGAGGAAGGUUUGACUCCGGGCCAGAGACUUGCAAGGAAGCUUGCCAAUGACUCAAUGGAUACCGGAGUUGCUCCAGAGUACAAUUUUAAAUGUAAAUAA